CCUACAAGUAGUUUUGAACGAUUAUUAAAUUGACAAUUUGACAAUACAUUUCUAUAAUGUCAGCUGUGUUUCGAACAAAACAAUAGACGUAUUUAUGCGUAAAAAUAUUAAUUUAAUGCGAUUAUAUUCCUAAGUGAUUAUUGAAAAUGGGAGCCUUAACGAGUAGGCAAAAUGCUGGUGUUGAAGAGGCAGAUGUAGUGUCUAAUCAUGCGUAUAAAUAUCCUCCUCGAUCAGGUAAUUACUUUGGGAGCCACUUCAUCAUGGGUGGUGAAAGAUUUGACACACCACAGCCUGAAGCCUAUUUAUUUGGUGAAAAUGCUGACUUAAAUUUCCUUGGAAGUAGACCUACACCUUUCCCGUAUCCUCCACCGCAGUCCAAUGAACCAACAAAAACAUUAAAAAGUCUGGUAAACAUACGCAAAGAGUCUUUGCGUUUUGUGCGCUGUCCAGAACCAGUUGGUAAAUUGGCAGAGAACAAGAUUGGAGAUGGGAUAAACAAGUCUCUAGAUAAUAAUGGCAAGGGGACGUACUACAAUAUUGAGUUUACAUUUGAUUGUGACGCAAGAUGUGCUAUUACAAUCUUCUAUUUCUGUACGGAAGAGGUCACUCCUACUGGUGUAGUAUACUACCCACGCGAUCCUGCAAUGAGUUCCCAGACAUACCAUUACAAGAAGGGUGCCAACCAGCAGUUCUGUCAGAUAUCACAUGUGUUUGACCCUUCAAAGCACCCUGAGGAAGACUUGAUAUACAAUGCAGACAGAGAAAUUAUACCUAUUGCUAUUUACUGUGUUGUUGAUGAGGGACAAGAAGAAAUAAGACAGUCACACACGACUAUUGCGGUGGUUGAGAAGCACUCGGACGGUACGUACGUGCUGAAGGCCCUGAAACAAAAGUUGUUCGUAGACGGACUAUGCUACUUGCUGCAGGAAAUAUACGGUAUUGAGAACAAGAACCUCGACACUAAGCCGAGUUCAGACGAGGAGACGGAGGACGGCGGGUCGGAGUGCGUGAUCUGUAUGUGCGACGUCCGCGACACGUUGAUCCUGCCGUGCCGGCACCUGUGCCUGUGCAACUCGUGCGCGGACUCGCUGCGCUACCAGGCCAACAACUGCCCCAUCUGUCGCGCGCCCUUCCGCGCGCUGCUGCAGAUACGCGCGCUGCAACGACGCCCCGAUAACGCGCCCGCGGCCCCCGCUGCCGCGACUGAUGGUAGCACGGAGAAUAUCCCGGCGGGCUACGAGCCGGUGUCCCUGCUGGAGGCGCUGAACGGUCCGCACCCGGCGCGCGCGCUGCCCGCCCCGCGCCCCGCGCCCGCCAUCGCCAGCCCCGACACCGACACCGCCUCGCAGGCAGCUGAGAUAUUGAACCGUUGCAACUUGGAGCGUAGUUCGUCCACCAGCCUCGGCAGCAGUGGCAGCAGGAAGGCCAAGAGCGGUUCCAAAGAUGAUGUCAAGAGUGUCAGGGACAGGUCCGCUGCGCAGACUGUCACUCCUGAGUUCCGUAUGUCGGUGCUACUGGCGCGCGAGGAGGAAGCCAAGCGCGCUGAGGAGAAGGCGGCUGCAGCCAACAGUCCGCUACUCUACAACCACAAGGUUGUCAAUGGAGACAAGAUCUCUAAGUCGUCGCUAAGCCUGGAGUACCCGGGUGACAUGGAGUCCGUGCAAGAGGCUUCGGGCUCAGACGACGAGGCGCGGGCCGCACCGGAACCCGACAGUGACGCCGAGCGACUCUCGCCAUUACUCACACAUCCUACUGCUAACGGGACGGUUCCGAGUGGUUGCGGCGAUUCACCAGGCGCGGCGCGCGCGGCGGGCGACGCGCUGCGACUGUCGACGCCUGCGCUGGCGCAUAUCGACGACACCGACACAGACGAACCCGACCACAAACACAACUCGAGCGGAACACAAUCUCGUAACGAUGUGGAGUCGCCGGCAGUGGCCGAGGACUCCGAUUAUUUCACGCCGGAAGACACCAACACGACCAUUCUGACCGUUCCUAAGACGAACAAACUUGCCGAGCCAACUAGCAAUGGAGAUUGUACUCCUCAGCGUUGGGCCCUGCCACAUCACGUCACCUCACUACCUGGAACCCCCCUGAGUCAGUCCAGCGUGCGUUCAUCAGGAGACUCGUACAGUUCUACAUCGUCCACCCGGCAGCUACUGGCGCCUGUGGCCGGGUCCCCGCUGGCUACCGACACUGCCUGCUAGCGACCAACGCGUCGCAAACCUCACCCGUACCGCCCCGCACAGCUCUACAACCACGUAGAAUACACUCUACCACCUUACUGAGAUAUACUGCCCACUACGGAUGUUAUGAGCAGUUAUGAGCUCUGUAUUAACUCCGGAUCCGACUUCGGUUCCGAUACUAUUUUUUUGUCGUGAACUUUCACUAAAUCGUUACAACACUUCUUUGAAUACGACUACCCCUAUACAUACUACUCAUAGUUUAUGUAAGUGUAAACUUUUCGUGGACACCUGAAUAGUUCCGAUCCACAAAAAGCUCAAUGUCCAAAUAGGCACGGGCAACAACGUCUCGAAACCAACUGGCAAACUCUUAUUGGAAUUUAUUAAUUUUCGAUUCAGAGUAUUCGUUUAAAACUGCCUUGUAACAUCCUUAUUGUACUCUGUAUUCUGAAAAUUCUACAAUAUGACAAGCUAGUGCGAAAUGUUACCACAUUUAAAAAUAUGUUUGCAACACUUUAUGUAACACCACGGGUGCAGUGGGUAUGCGACCCUUCUUAAAGAAUGUAUGUUACAUACAUACGUACAUUAUUAUCCAUUAAAAUAAGACAAAUAAGCUUUGUAAUAUUAUAAUUAAUGGGUUUAAUUUAAUGUUUUGCAGCUAUAUUUAAUUACAAGUUGAUAAUAGCAUGACAUGUAAAAUAGGUUACCCAAACUUCUAGUAUAGGAACUCUAAUGGUGCAAGAUUUCUAUGUUACAUUAGUAUAAUAAAAGCUCGAGUUUUCAUGUAUAAAUGGUAUAUCAUAUUACAACUAUGUAUGUACAUUGAUUCUCUAUGAAUUAUCAGUGCCAAAUAUGGUACUAGACAUAAUAAAUUAUGCAUUAGUGAAUCUGAAAUUCUGUUUACGCAAAAGCCACAAGUAAAGUGGAUUCAUAAAUACAAGUGGGGUGCAUUUAGAUCAUUUGUUUUGUAUAUAUUUGCACUAAUAACAGUAACCACCCACAUCUGCCCUUAGAAUUGCUAAUUUUAUUGACAAUUGUCUAUGAGUUAGUUCUCUUGACAUUUAUGUAAUGCUCAAUUUUACUAAAACUUAGCUCUUAUUUUCCAUUGUUAUAGCAAUCAAGAGUUUAAUAUAUUUUGAUGAUAUCAAUUAUAAACAGUCACCUAUUCAAUGUUUGGUAUUAGGUAAUUCCUAAAUGUGUUUUUGUUAUAAAAACACAGAUUCACUAGUAAAUCAUUAUUAUAUGUAUUGUUGCUGUGUUACAACAGUAAUGUAAUUUGCUUAAAUAUAAGAUGCAUCCAAGUUACUCCAAUUGAGUAAAAGUAUUGUAGGACACUUUUAAUAGACUGAUUAAGAACAUUCCCAUGCAAGAAUCUCAAAAAGUUUAAGUGUCAUAAAUUAUUGAUACACAUUUGUAUUAUUGCCUAACUAUUAUUUUCUUGAAGUGUAUUAUUUGAUUUAAAAUAAACUUUACUAAUACUAAAGGGGCUUUUAAUUUGCAAUUAAAAUGCAUAUUGCUUUAGUACAAAACUUUAUUGUGAUGUUGCACAAUACAAUAUGCUGAUUAAUACAAAACUAGAGCAGAUUAAUAAUAAUCAAGCCAUUUAAACAAAAGCAAAUAGGAAUUAACUCUAAAAUAAAAUAAUAAUAAGUAUGUGUAAACAUCUUAUUCUGUAAAUAAACUUUACAUAUUAUAUUUUAUAAAAUAUGAACUCAAAAUAAAAGUUACUCUCAUUUUUGGUUAGGCAUUGUUUGUAUAUUAUUAUAGUUAGAAUUUUCAGAAUGACAAUCAUCAGAAGAGCUAGUCUUGGCCACUUUCAUCAUUGCUUGUCUCCGGGCAGCAUAUGCAGACAUUCUAGCUAGUCUUGCUUGCCUCUGCUCGGGAGAUUCAUUUGCCAAUCUCUUGGCAGCAUAAGCUGACAUUCGAGAAAGGCGUUUGGCUCUCUGUUCGCUGGUCUCCAUUGAUAAUCUUUUCGCCGCGUAUUCAGACAUACGCCGCAGCCUGCUAGCGCGUUGAUCCGGCGUUUCAUUAGCGAGGCGCUGAGCCGCAUAUGCUGACAUUUUCGCCAACCGGGACGCUCGCUCAUCUGGGGACUCACAUUUGCGGCCUGAAUCUUUACGACUUCUUCGUUUAUCAGGAGUGAUCAAUGCAAGUGGGUCUAAAUUUUGUGUUAAUAACAACGGAUCAUCCGUUUCAUAACUUCUAUCAUUGCUUGUUUCUUCGUUCUCCCUUUUCACAUUCACAUCAUAAGAUAUUUGCUCAGAUUCAAAAUUCAGUUUUGUAGUGCUCAUUGUGGUGUCCAUUUUUCGAUAUACUCAGAAUUUAAUAGCACCUUGAGAUCCACUCAUUUUAUUUGCUUUCGCUAUCACCAUUUUCUUCCAGGAGCAAUCGGAUGAAUUUAAUUCACCCAUAUUGAUUGUUUAGGGAUAGACGUAUCCAUAAUACCAUAACGGAUUCGAUAAUUAAUGAAAUAAAUGAACUAUUGGAUUUCACUUCACACAAAUGAGUACAUGAAUAAAUAAACAAACACCGUAUAUUUUCACUAAAAUAAAAGUAAGACCAGCAAAAUACGAGACGAGAAGGCGCGACUGAAUAAAUGACACUUGACAGUUUGAC